UCUCGGUUUUGGAUCAUCAUCAAGCACAAUUGCAAUCAUCAAAAGCAUACAAGGCCAUCACUGCCUACAAUCACCACCAAAACAAUUACAACACCCACAAUCAUCCCAAUGCUUCCUGUUGCCAACGCCACUGCUCCGGUCGGUACCAAGGUCCUGCCCGUCGUUCUGGCCCUCGGAGGCGCCACAGUAGCUGGCGGCCUCGCCCGAUCCCAGCAGCGAUUAAACCAAUUCAACCAGGCACAAAACAAGACACUCGCCGCACCCGAUGCCAAGUUUGUCAAUGUGGUUCUCGAGUCAAUUUUUGCAUAG